UCAAACAUUAUUUAGUUACUGAGCGAAUAACGUCCUUGACCAACAACAGGGCGAGAUGGCUUCAACACUGCAACGGUUCUCGACAUAUGUUACGAAUGUAACACCCGUAAAACCAAGUAUAAUUCCGAUAUACGAUGAACACGUUUAUCACAGUAACACAUCUAAGCCAAUGACGACAACACAUAACACCUCAAUUACAAAUCAAUUCUGCGAAAAUCUAAAUUCAUCUGAGAAUCUUGCCCCACCACAAAAAUCAUCGGAAAAUAAACAAAAACGAGCUCGUACAGCAUUUACCAGAGAUCAGAUUAUAGAGUUGGAAUGCGAGUUCCGUAAAAAUGUAUAUCUCUAUCGCACACGUCGUGUAGAAAUUGCCAAACGUUUGUGUCUCCGUGAGCGUCAAGUGAAGAUUUGGUUUCAAAACCGACGUAUGAAACAGAAGAAAGACACGAAACGACCGACCACCAGCAGUGACAAGUUGAAUGCAAAAGAUUCACAAAUAUACAGCGAACAACUGGUACACCGAGGUAUCGUACAACGGCUUAUGUCUUACUCUAUGGAUCCUUCCGUAAGACGACAGCAGGGCUUAACAGCAGCAGUGCGUAAUGCAAAUAACCCUAAAAGAUACAACAGCACUUCGGGGUGUAUGCCAGUGUUACCACCAACGAGUCUAUCGCCGGAUCUUGGUGAAAUAUUGCGACACCUAAAUCCCAGCCCAGCUACUUCACAAUCUACUGCUACCCUUAUGGUUGCUGAAAAUAAAUCGGCGCCCUUGAAUGUUGAAAGAAAUCUUGCUGCCGACAAUCACAAAGCAGUGAAAGUGGAAGAAAUUUCUGCAAGUAGAAGCAAUGACUGGCCUUCAGAGGCUUCCUCCAUAUCCUUAACGAAACCAUCAUUAAACAUAAAUUGGAGUGAACCCUUACAUUGGAUGCUAUCAGAAAAUACAGAUUACCAAACAUUUUAAAAAACAAGCUGA